UCCACAUCAUUAUUAUAAUGUAACACUGGGUGAUUGCUCCACCUUUAGGAUUUCUUAAUUCGGUUACAAGAAUUACACAAAUAGUUUGUUUGCGAGGGCUAAUCUCCAUUGAGGGCAGAAUUUUAACCUCACAUAGCUGAUUCAGAUUCCCGAGCGAAGAAGGCAUUUAACUGGUGGCUUUCAGUGAUCAGCAUAAUUAUACUGCAUGUAGAGUUGCCGGAACAGGUACAUAGGUGACUUAAUCCCGGAACGCUCGCUUGAUGAUAUAAUGGAGUCCGGACGUCUAAUGACAGUAAAAACCGAAACAUUCGGCAGUAAUUGUGAAUACUCACCGCUUGAUACCGAUCAUAUUAUUGGAUCAGGCUCCUUUGGCAGCGUUUACCGAACGACUAUAACCGUGGCGGGCGACUACGAAGGAUACGAAACAGUGGCUGUGAAACUUAUUAUUCUGAAUUCAGAACAAGAAGUUUUGGUUAAUCCGCAGCGUUAUGAAGGGAUUCGUCAGAGUCUACAACAGCUGAUCACUUUGAGAAACACAUUUCUAGUGGCGUACCACAAGAUUGCCAUUACUAGGACCGUCCUUGGGGCAAGAGUUGAACUAAUGAUGGAUUAUUUUGAAGGCGAUUUGGCUACCCUAUUGCAACGACUGAAAGAAGCAGCGGUUUUAAUUGACCUUUCGACGGCUCUCCGCUAUUCGUUAGAUAUCUCCGAAGGAACGAAGUUUCUCCAUGAAAACGGCAUUAUUCACGCCGAUAUAAAGCCAGCAAAUAUUCUCGUGGAGAAGCUGGAUGAGGAUCGAAAACGCUUGUUAAUUGGUGAUCUGGACGAUCGUCUGCAGAUGAAGCAAGACACCACUUGUCCAGGCGACAUCACCCAUAUACGCGGCACUGAGCGCUACAUGUCGCCGGAAAUGCUGAAGAAAUUUGCGACGCUCCGCGGUGAGCCGAGGGGGCAGGAGAGUCCCGGCCGCAAAACGGAUAUCUGGAGUUUAGGCUGCGUUAUACUGGAAAUUGCCCAGCGUAUUACUGGAACACAAGAAAGAGGUUUGAUUGAUACUGGUGGAGACGGCGCGCGCGUCAAUGCUGCUUCUGACGAUGCCGAGUAUGUUUCGUGGAUUAUUAACAAAGGUUAUCAGCCGUUCGUGCCGGAAACGAUCCCGUUCGAAUUCGCUGGCUGCAUUCGCGGCUGCCUAUGCAUCGCCACUCAACGCAGGAUCUCGGCGUCGAAAUUGUGUUUUCUCCUGAAGGAACUAGCGAAGAAGGCAAAACCGAACCCAGAAGUACAGGAAGUAGCCAUUGUGCUGUGUGACCGGGAAAUAGAUGUUCAUAAACCUUCUAAAUUGCUCGCGCAGUUAGUGGACCCGAUUAGCCGAACCGUGCGCCGCAUUCCAGUACCGGACGAUCUGUGCCAGAAGCAUUUUUCACGGUUUUUCACUGUUGUGGACGACGAGGUGAUCUGCCAAAUCUGGGAAACUGGUACGUCCGCACUAGAGACCAUAUCAUGGAAUCCUGUUCGGAAUUCAUGGCGUUCCAUCGUUUUAGCCGAUGUUGAAGUGCUAAUCCAGCACCCGGUGGCGAUUGGCAGUAAAAUUUAUUUCAUAGAUGGUAACGAUCAAUCUUUCAAAGUAGGAUAUCUUUCUAACGAAAGCAUCGCAGAAUUUGGAGGACCAAGUUUAUCUUCGCGCACUCUUCGGACGUCUGAGUUUCGUGACAUUAACUGUGCACUUCGAUGCGGUCUGCGCGUAGUGUAUCUUGGUUGCGAAUCACACACUGCUGAUGCCGUGUACGCAGCUCCAGUGACGACGACCAAAAUGUGGAUGGAAUAUUUCGAUACAGUUACUGAUGAGUGGCAUCAUUGGCCCGAUUCACAGCGGCGUUUCCUCACUAAGACUGAUUUCGAAGCGGUGGUGAUCAAUGAGAAGGUUUACAUGCUGGGCGGCAUCUCUUCCUUGUGGAUGUUCGACUGGUCAACCAAAUCUUGUCAGUCUCUUGACUUGAGCAAGCAAAUUAUCCUGGAUAUAAGUGACCUUCCUCAAAGCAGAAAGGGCUCCUGUGCGUUCGUACUGAACAACCGGAUUUACAUGUGGAGCGGUCCGUCGGCGAAUGAGAGUUCUCAAACUGCUUACGUCUAUAAUGCCGGCAAGGACAAAUGGGACACCGAGGGUUUUCGUAACCUCGAUCACAAGAACGCUGUGGUUUACCCACCACACUGCGGAUUUACAAGCUUUUGCCUUAACUGGCCAGUUAUGGAAUUAAGUUCCGGAUAACUCUGUCUCCAAUGGUACACAAAUUUUGCAAAGCACUAAGUAGAAAUGCACGGAUGCGGUAACGAAACAAAUUAUUUCAAUAAACUGCCUACCUCUCGAAACACGGUUUCUCAAUAAUUAUCCUUUGGAUGCGUCAUUUUGUUACAUUUUACGCUGCGUAAUUCGAAAGUAACACAGUUUGUACGAUUUGUACUUAUAAGACUUUCGUCUGAAAUGGAACUUUUAAC